GUUAAAAGCUUAAUGGGGUUACCAUUCGAAGGACUAUUACACAAUAAUUAUAAUAUAGACCGGAUUAUAUUUGUUGCAUUCGUCAUCAACUAACUCUUUUCAUAUAGAUAUUACAUGGACUUUAUGUCAAUUUAAAUCCGUGCCACCAAUGAUCAUUAGUGUAAAGAUCAAAGCUAGCAAUUAUAUUGAUUUUUUCGGUUAACCGAUAACCAGGCGGUUUUCGAUAGGGGGAGUGAUUAUUUCGAUUAACCAAUAACCGAUCAAUCAAUUACCGGUUAUAACUGAACUGUCACCCCUAAGUGACAUCUACAUCAGCGUUUUGUCUUAAGGUAUAAUUUUGGUUACAAAAUAUUGGUAUCUGUUUGUAAAUUCAUAUAAGUUGACAGACUAAACUGAAAGUCGAUAAGGGAUAAAUAGCUUGGUUUAUGAGUUCUUUAGUGGACUCGCAGCCGUGGUGAAACAAGUGGGCCUUGGCCCAUGGCCCACAUCAAAGUUAUUGUCAAACUUACUUAUCCACUGUCCUUUUCUCACUGAACUGUCCUUUUUCACCUCUUUCACCACUGUCAACUUUAUGAGCCCUCUCUCUCUCUCUCUCUCUCUUCGCUCUUCUGCGCUCUGACUUAGCCAGGCGACAGUUCCAUUCCCAACUGCUCUCUUGAGUCUCUUCUCCUUCUUCCCCCAUUUUCUUCCUUUCUUCUCAACAACUAUAGAUUAAUAGCAAUCUCUUCUCCCAGCUGACUUGCCUUUUCUGCAUUCCCCUUUGUCACCACGAAAUUCUCCAGCUUGCGCUUCAAUUCCGAUUGUGGAAUGGCGAGGAGCUUCAACUAAUGGGGUCUCCUCGAAUUCCCAUUUGAAACUCUGCAAAUUCCCCCUCUUUCUUCCUCUUGUUCUUGUGCUGCUUCUUGUUUGAACUGUGGGGGGAAGAAGGGAGAGAAACGAUGUCCGUCGCUGAACUGAAAGAGCGUCAUGUGGCUGCUUCUGAGACGGUCAAUACUCUCAGGGAGCGAUUGAAGCAGAAACGCCUCCAAUUGCUCGAUACGGAUGUUGCUGGGUACGCCAGAGCUCAGGGGAAAAUUCCGGUCACCUUCGGCCCAACUGAUCUUGUCUGCUGCCGGACACUUCAGGGACAUACUGGCAAGGUUUAUGCAUUGGAUUGGACUACCGAAAAGAACCGGAUAGUGAGUGCUUCACAAGAUGGGAGGUUAAUAGUAUGGAAUGCUCUAACGAGUCAAAAAACUCAUGCAAUCAAACUUCCUUGUGCAUGGGUCAUGACCUGCGCCUUCUCUCCAUCCGGACAAUCAGUUGCAUGUGGUGGUCUUGAUAGUGUCUGCUCAAUUUUCAACCUCAAUUCCCCGCCUGACAAAGAUGGUAACUUAACUGUGUCCAAGAUGCUUAGUGGGCACAAGGGUUAUGUAUCAUGCUGUCAGUAUGUGCCAGAUGAAGAUGCCCACCUAAUAACUAGCUCGGGUGAUCAGACAUGUGUAUUAUGGGACACCACUACUGGUCUCAGGACUUCCGUAUUUGGAGGCGAGUUUCAGUCAGGUCACACUGCUGAUGUAUUAAGUGUCUCAAUUAAUGGUACCAGCUCGAGGAUGUUUGUAUCUGGUUCUUGUGAUGGAACUGCUCGGCUAUGGGACACUCGUGUUGCAAGUCGAGCUGUGCGUACAUUCUAUGGGCACAAUGGAGACGUUAAUGCAGUCAAGUUCUUUCCAGAUGGGAAUAGGUUCGGAACUGGUUCGGAUGAUGGAACAUGUAGGCUAUUCGACAUCAGGACUGGACAUCAACUGCAAGUGUACGAACAACAGCAGAAUGGCGAGAAUGAAAACCCGCAUGUGACCUCCAUUGCAUUCUCUAUAUCAGGAAGGCUUCUCUUUGCUGGCUAUUCGAACGGUGCCUGUUAUGUAUGGGAUACUCUUCUGGCAGAGGUUGUCUUGAACUUGGGAGCUCUGCAAACCUCACACGAAAGCCGUAUCAGUUGUUUGGGUAUGUCAGGUGAUGGAAGUGCCCUAUGCACUGGAAGUUGGGAUUCAAACCUAAAGAUUUGGGCCUUCGGUGGGCACCGGAAGGUUGUCUGAGUCCCGAGGAAAUAAGUAUUCAAACACAUUCUUCUUCUCUGGCCAUUCUCUCUGCUCUCGUCAGCACUUGGAACUUGUUAUCUCUUUCUGGUUGAUGCUUGAUUGCUUUGCACAAAAAGUGGACGAAGAGAAAAGAACCGCCUUGGCCUGGGGAGUCUGCACAAGGGCAGUAGCGAAGCAGUAGUGAUUAGCCGUUUAUAUGUGUUCCUGUGCCAACAAGUCCCACCAUCUUCCUGUAGCAUAGUGUAUUUAGCUCCCGAGUUUUACGCUGCUUUGUUUGGAGUCAUGAAUAUGUAAAUGGAAGAAUGUUGGGGGUUGAAGUUGAUGUUGUUUUGUUGGAGGAAUGCAAAUGCAAGUUUGUAUCUGCAAGGAGUAGGAACCAAAACUUGUGUACAACGUAGUCAAAUCUCUGUUAUUUUGCGUUGCGAAUUAUGGAUUUCGGUCUUCACUCACCCUGUUACAGGAAGAUAACAUUUGAUUCAUUGUUGAGUGUAUUAUCUCUGGUUGAAUGUGCGCCUAUGCAAUCAAAACAUAAGUGAAUCUUAAACAAAAUAUAGAACGCAGCUACCAUAGUACAAUAUAACCUCAGUCGUCCUGACAAAAAUAAUUCAAGAUGAAAAAAGAAACAGGACAAUGAGCUAAUGACUCCCAAAAUUCAUCGCAUGUAUGCCGCCGUAUAACAAACCAAGAAAACAACACAAUAUGACGAGUCCUUUUACUCUGGGCUCACACAAGACUUCUACAAUAUUAGAACUAGCUGGGUGCCCGGCCUUUGGCCGGGUGUGUUUUGUUUGUUUGUCUUGUGUGUUGAUAUUUUUUCCCCGGUAAUUAUCUUGUGUGUUGUGUGUUGAUAUUGAAGGGAGGUUUAGUUUGGUGGGGAUUGUGUUUUAUACUUUUAUUGCGUCCUUUAAACGUCAAUAUGACACAAUUCAGUACCACCAAUAAAUUUUCUAUUCAUGUCAUUUUUGUUUGCGCUUUAGUUACACACGAGGUUACCAAUAAGCUUUAAGAAAUAGAAGUACAGACCUUGUAUUAAGGGGUUAUGUUUUUAAUGUAAGAGGAAAAUAAAACCUUAUUUAUCAAUUUAUAGCAGUAGCUUAGAUUUGCCUUUACAAUUUAUUUACAUACAAUUGAAGGGUUUUGUUUUUGUACAUUAGGGAAAGAUAAAUUAUUCUGGAAUAUUUAUCAUAGUAGUAGUCUAUAGGUGGUGACAUUCGGUCCUUGGUGGUGUUCUUGGUUUGUGUUGUUGCUCAGAAUCUGAUAUCACCAAAGUCUCGGCUGUUUUUUUUUUUUUUGCUUUGGUUCUCCAUUGCUAGUCCUGACUCUUGUUUAAUUAUUUUGAUGUUGUCGUUGGCUGGUGUUGCUGCUUGCUUUGACAUAGUCAGGAAACUCAGUUCCAAAGUUAUGCUGCAAUGAGUUAUUCAAUACGUUAUAGAUGAUUCGAUGAAUAUAAAUGCAUGAAAGUUUUUUUAUUUUUUUUAUAAAUGCAUGAAAGUUUCUUAAUAAUGACCCUAGUAUUGGUGUGAUGUGUUUCCCUCUGUGGUUUUUGCAUUUUCCUUGACCAACCAAAGAAUGAGACAGAAAGAAAAAGCACAACAAAUUGGAUCCUCUCCAUCAUCAUUCAGAUGGAGGGAACCCCCUGCAUUAAAUCGGCCACUACCAACUCUGCAUGCCAUAAAUUGGAAAUCCCCAGAGCGCUGGAAGUAAUGUAACCUUGAGCCAGAGAUAGAAACAGAAAAGCUGCAAAUAAAUAAAUAAUAGGAAUAGAAAUUA